AUGGAGACAUCCUCGAUCUCGGACUUAGUGGUCAACUCAAUUGCGUUGACUUUCAUUCUUUCAAUCGAUGAGAUGAUCUGCGAGACUCUGACUUCGCAGUCGACUCUGACCAUGUUGUCUAGCUGCAAGGACUACCCUCUCUUCGAUGUGGAGGCCAUGGCAAAGAUGACGGACGUGGAGCUGAUGGAAAAGUACGGCAGCGGAAGCAAUGCACGCCUAGGCAUUAUGGACGUUUUUCGGAUACUGCUCCCUCCAAGAAUGCUGUGGGUCAUUGGCAUCACCGGCUACUUUGUUUUCCGAUACUACGAGGCUCACUGCCAGAGACAUGGAGCCUCCUUCCUCUUUGUCCCCAGGCCGCUUCAUCUCCCGAAGUCGCAGGCAUUCACUUUGCUCAAUGCUUUCUUCCCGGGCAUGUUCCCCGUGGACGUUGAGGAUGCAGAGUACUGGCAUCUGCCUGAUUCAUGA